AUGGUCAGUCCAGUUUCCAGGAUGGUCGAAGUUGACGUUAAGUCGCGAAGACUGGAGCUGAAAUCCAGCAGCACGAUACAAUUUUUUAAAAGGAGUGAUUAUUACACGUGCCAUGGCGAAGAUGCGUUGUUUGUUUCUAAUGAAGUUUUUAAAACAACCUCUUCUUGCAAAAUGAUUGGAGCUGAACCGAAUAAACUAGAAAGUGUACUGGUUAACAAAGCCAACUUUGAAAAUCUGAUAAAAGAUUUAUUAUUAGUUAGAAGAUACCGAGUUGAAGUAUAUGAAGAUAAAGGUACAGGACGUAAUCGUAACUGGGUUGUUGAAUACAAAGGAUCACCGGGAAAUUUAAGUCAAUUUGAAGAAAUACUUUUUGAUAGUGGAGACAUUGAAGCUGAUGUAAUUGCAAAUGGAGCUAUUAUGGCGGUUAUUAUGGGAAUGGAAGGAAAAUCUAAAGUUGUGGGAUUGAGUUGCAUUGACACAAUGUCAUCAGUAAUUCGCGUGGCGCAGUUUAUGGACGAUGAAGCAUUUUCAAACUUAGAAGCUCUGACAGUAUCCAACUCGCCGAAAGAAUGUCUAUUGAUCCAGAGCGAAAACAGCCAAGACUUUGAAACAAUUAAAGGCAUAAUUGAGCGUAACAAUGUCAUGAUUACUUUAAAGAAGAAAAAAGACUUUGAUAAAGAGUCUUUGAUACAGGAUCUGGAUAAACUUUUAAAGUUCAAAAAGGGUGAGAUGGAAAGUGCCCACAUUUAUCCAGAAACUAAUUUAGAACAUGCAAUGUCGGCAACCGCUGGCAUUAUAAAGUAUCUGGAUUUACUUUCCGACGAAGGAAACUUGGGUCAGUAUAAAAUCGAAGAUCUCAAGCAGUAUCACUUCUUGAAACUUGAUUCUGCGGCAAUAAGAGCUCUGAACAUCGAUCCACCACCCGAGUACCGGCUGGGAGGCAACAGAGGUGCUGCUACCAGCAUCCACGAGCUGCUGGAUAAAUGUAAAACUCCCCAAGGUCAUCGUCUUCUGAGUCUCUGGUUGAAACAGCCUUUACAAGAUCUUGCACACAUCAAAGAGCGUCAUGAUAUCGUCGAAUAUUUUGUUAAUAAUUCUAGCGUUCGUUCCGAAGUUAGUAAUGAGUACCUGAGACAAAUUCCUGACUUGGAGCAGCUGGUUAAAAAAUUACUGCGUAAAAAAGCGCGUCUACGUGAUGUUUAUAAGAUCUACGACUGUGUAAACCGCUUACCUCAGCUUGUCGAAGCUUUGAGCGACGACAGUACUCCAGCAGCAUUAAAAUCAAUGAUAUUAGAGCCACUGAAAGAAAAUGUUGCUGACAUGGAGAAAUAUCAGCAGAUGGUCGAAGAGACUAUUGACUUUGAUGCUAAGAAAAUGAAAUCGCAAUUGAGCAAAGCCGCUGAAGAUCUAGGACUUGAAGCAGAAAAGUCAAUAAAAUUAGAAUGUACGUCCCAGCAAGGCUACUAUUUCCGUGUUACAAUGAAAGAAGAAAAAAUAGUAAGUCGCAGUAAGAAUUACACAGUGUUUGAUUCGAUAAAAAGCGGAGUUAAAUUCCGCAACGGUACAUUGGAAGCCCUAAAUCAAGAGUACUUGGACGACAGAGAAAAGUACGAAGCCGAGCAAAAAAUAAUUGUAACAGAAGUAAUAAACCUCGCGAUUGGAUAUUGCUCGACGAUUAAAAACAUCGCUGCUGUUGCUGCUGUAUUGGAUGUACUCUGUGCCUUUGCGGUCGCCGCUACUAAUACUCAGAAGACGUAUGUACGUCCGAAAAUGCUGCCUAGUGACGCUGGAGAGAUGAAGUUCAUUCAGGCGAGACACCCAUGCGUCGAGGGACAAGAGGAUGUUCAUUAUAUCGCUAAUGAUAUUGAAUUCAAACGUGGAGAAUCGGAGUUUCAUAUAAUUACCGGUCCUAACAUGGGUGGUAAAAGUACACAUUUGAAAACAGCUGGUAUUGUUGUUCUUCUUGCUCAUAUUGGAAGCUUUGUUCCUUGCGACGAAGCCUCUAUGUCUAUGGUUGACUGUAUUUUUGCUCGAAUAACGAUCCUCGCUGAAAAUAUACCAACGGUAAAAAAUUACCACGUAACAGCUCUAGUAAAAGGUGAAGACGUGGUUUUCUUGUACGCCAUCAAGGAAGGAGUCAGCGACCAAAGUUUUGGUAUUAACGUUGCUCGUAUGGUCAAUCUACCUCCAGAAGUUAUUGAAUACGCGGAAAAGAAACUCACAGAUCUCGAAGAAAACCAGCACAUUUAUGAAGGAUACUUCGAGGGUCCUUACAGUGCCGCUGAGAAAAGGAAGUUUGUGGUUGAAGCUGACGCACUCAUUGAAGAAUUUACUGGGAAAUGCAAGGCUCUGGAUCCGUCUCUGCCAGAAGACGAACUGAUGAAGAAAAUUAACGAGAAAAUGAAAUGGCUCCAAUUACUAUCAAAGGUACAUUUUAAAUUUCCUGACAUAAAAUGUCUCCAAUUGCUCAGUGUAAGUUUCAAAGCAAUGUGUUACCGCCUGCAUAUGGUGAUAACUCUAAAUGAGAACGUAAACGGAGGAACGUUUCCAAAAUGCUACCACUGCAGCGGGUACACAUGUCAGCGUAACUGCGUGGAGGGUUCUAGCGCAAAAGUUGUAAUUGAGAUUGGCAAUAAAUAUACGUGGGUAAUAACACCACAUUCUGGACUACGCAGGCACUUUUCGCUAUUUGGAAUCCCCAAGUGCGACAGUAAAACUCACGUUCAAAACACGCAUCCGCCACCGGCUGACAAAUUGAAUGCAGGAGGAGGUACAAGUACGAGUAGUCGCAUAAAGUCUGAUUAUAAAUCUAUAGCCAAGAAACUUAAAUCGUUGAAACUGUCAGAGCUGACGACGACGAAGAUACCGCGUCCAAGCGGGCCUUUCUGCGUUUUCUGCAAUUCUGUUAAACUUUAUAGGGAAAAAAAGAGGUUGAUAACACACCCGCUGGAAGCGAUGUGUUACACCCGGGCUAAUCCACUUUACCAGAAACUAGUAAACGGAUAUUGCACGGACACCAUUGAGGUUCUUGGAAUUCCCAAUGUUGACGUGGUUAGUCCAGCAGAGGCAUUACUCAGCGAUGGGUCUUUUUCAGUUUUAAGGACAUUUGUCGAUCACUUGUUCCAUCAAAUGGAACUGACAGCUACGUUGCGGAAACCAAACGCUGUGUUGAUGUUUUGCGAACCGCUGGCAAUGCAGCCAGUGCUGAGGAAACAGUUGCUGCACUAUCUUUUCCAAGAAGUUAAAGUAGCGAGAGUAUGCUUAGUUCCAAAGCCAUUAGCGGCUUGUGCGAUGCUAGACGUCGAGACGUGUGUGGUGGUUGACAGCGGAGCACUCAGCACGACUGUCGCGGUGGUUAUUGGAGGACGAGUGAUUCCGCAUCGCUGGCGGUUGCUUCCAGUUGGCGGAUGGCACGUUGCUUAUCAUCUCAAACAGGCGAUGCACUGGCAGCCUAAAGAGUAUCACCAGAUACCUAUCUCUCAUCUUGACACCAUGGCGGUCAAGGAGAGGUGUAGGUUGAGUUAUAAUAUUGAGAGUGAGGAACUCAGAAAGGGACCUACCAAAAGGGAGCAUAUUAAUUUGAGAGUUGAUAGUUAUGCUGAGUAUAAACAGUUUUGGAAAGUGUCAUUAGGUCCAGAGUUAUAUGUAGCGCCAGAGAUGAUGUACAUCAGUCUAGGUCUCCCACAAAUAAUAAAAGAUGUAACAGCUGGCUUAUCAGAAAAUACCAUGCAAGAUUGUUUAUCGCACAUCCUUCUCACAGGUGGUAAUACUGAUCUAGCAGGCUUUGCAUUGAGAUUAAAAAAAGAUUUACGCGAGACAUUGCCCGAAUACGAGUCUGUUCUCGAAGUAAGAAGCUGUCCCGGUACACACAGUUGGAAUGUCGCUAUGGGCUCCACAUAUGUUCCGUUAGCAGUACAUCCCGAUAAAACACCACCUGAGUAUGUUGAAGGUAAUCCAUUUUGGUUAUCCCGCGAAGAAUAUGUUCUCUUUGGUUGUCAAUCAUUGGAAUAA